ACGGAAUGUUUUCCCUCUCAUCCAUCACCUCCCUCCUCCCCCUGCGCUCACCUAUAACCCUCUUCACCCGCUCCCGUGGCCAACUCGCACCACGAAAAGUCAAGUACCUCAAGCGGCACAAGGGCCGGGUACCCAUCCCCGUCGGCGGCUCGACGCGGGGGACGACGCUGGCAUUUGGCGACUGGGGCAUCAGGAUACGCGGGAAUGGCAUGCGGCUGAGUGCGAAGCAGCUGACCACGGCGGAGGAUGUGAUAAAGAGGAAGUUGAAGGUGUGGAAAGGCGCCAAAGUGUGGAUGAGAUGUUUUCCGGAUAUCCCGGUUUGUAUAAAGGGUAAUGAAACGCGUAUGGGUAAAGGAAAGGGUACUUUUGAGUAUUGGGCGACCCGACUGCCUACCGGACGUGUCAUCUUUGAAAUUGGUGGUGUACCUAUUCGAGAGGAACUUGCACGUCAAAUUCUCAAGCAAGCAUCGUCAAAACUACCCUGCAAAAUGGAGUUCAUCAGUCGCAAGACGUUACCUCGUCUAGGCCGUCUCCUUAUUGAGCCUCCGAAACCUCCAAAAAUGCCAGAGAAUAUCGUAGCCGCGGCUGAAGUAGCAAAAGUAUCUAGUCAGAUGCGGGCAACAGUAUAA